AUGGCACGAUGUGUUGCCAUCAAGCUUAUUCGGAGGCAGUCUGUUGACAACACGCCGCGCAUUAACAAGAUUGGCCGAGAAAUAUCCGUGCUCAGGACCAUUCGCCACCCCAACAUCAUCUCACUCUUCGAUGUCAUCGAGACUGAGCGCUACAUCGGUAUCGUCAUCGAAUACGCAUCCGGAGGCGAGCUGUUCGACCAUAUCCUCGCCCACCGAUACCUCAAGGAGCGUGAUGCAUGCAGACUCUUUGCACAGCUCAUGAGUGGAGUGCACUAUCUUCACUCAAAACAAAUUGUCCAUCGUGACCUGAAAUUGGAAAACUUGCUGUUGGACAGGAACAGGAACAUUAUGAUUACAGACUUUGGAUUCGCCAACCAGUUCGACAGCACAACCAGGGAUCUGAUGUCAACAUCCUGCGGUUCUCCAUGUUACGCCGCACCCGAGCUGGUCAUCAGUGACGGCCUUUACGUUGGCAGCGGAGUCGACAUCUGGAGUUGCGGUGUCAUUCUAUAUGCCAUGCUCGCCGGAUACCUUCCAUUCGACGACGAUCCUUCGAACCCCGACGGAGACAACAUCAACCAGCUCUACAACUAUAUCCUCGCCACAACACUUGUUUUCCCAGACUACAUCUCGCCUGAUGCCCGCGAUCUUCUCCGCAUGAUGCUGGUCCCUGAUCCAGCCAAGCGAUGCAACAUGAAGAGGAUUAUGAGCCACCGGUGGUUGGCGCCCUAUGCUGGCAUGUUCCAAUACAGCAUUGACGACCUCGAGGAACAAGCAAUGGCAAGACUCAACGGAACCGUCUGGAUCCCACCUAGACAGGCGGCUGCAGCCGCUGCAGCCGAGGCCAGAAAGACAAACCUUCAGCCUACGAGCUCUGGCCCUCCAAGACCCUCCGCCGACGAGGUCAUGCCACGUCGUCACACCAUUUGGAUCGAGUCUGUCCCCGACGCAGCGCCUUCUUGGGAGACUGGUCGCCACAACAUUAUCAGACACGAGGAGGAGCCACGGCUACCUCUUGCAGCCCUGGACGAAUCAAGCAUGGAUAUCGACAAACACGAGGUUGUGCCCGUUCCCAUUGCGGAAGAUGCCGUUAUACACAACGAACCUAUGGACAUGGCGGAACCCAUCGACGUUGAGCCAACACCAGAAGCGGUGGAGAUGGAUUUGGACAGAGAUGACCACAUGGAGAGUGACAACCAACUCAACAUGAUCUCUGUCCCCUCGACCGGCUCGCCAGCAUCAACACUCGACCCUACCGAGGACCAGACCAUGAGCAACCCCAUCACACCCUCGCACUCUGGAUCACUGAUCGCCAAGUCUUCACUAUCAGACCACGCCUUUGCACAGACGCAGGAGGAGGUUACUGUUGCAUUGGAGGUUGCUCGGCGUCCCAAGAGUGUCGUGCUCGAGGCGCCCGUCAGAGCCAAGCCCAGCCUGGAGAGCACUGUCGACAUGUCGCCCACCGCAACGGUCUCUCGUCGUACUGGUGCGCACGCUCGCAUCCGUCCCACCACCAUUCACGGCGAACCUAUGACCCACAACUACGCUUCUUACCCCUCCCCUGCAGUCUACCACGAGCCUCUUCCUCUCCCUGCUCCUACUCCCAAGCCUCGCGCUGCUCCUUCUCAAGAAAACGCUCUUCUCAGCCCGCCCAAGGUCUACCACCAGUCGCAGUUCCAGCAGUCUUCACCCUCGCUGCUGCAGGCGCCUGCCAAGCCCUCACCGGCUGAUAUUCCACCAGUGCCUACCCGCCCCGAAUCCACUGCUGACCAUUCUUUCAAGAUCCCACCUCCCCCUGUGCCAGUAACACCCGCUUCCAGCAAAGCCCACAAGAAAGGACCUUCAUCCUCUGGUCGUCUCUUUGGAUUCUUGGGCAACUUGUCCAAGAAGCACGGCGAGUCGACCACCAACGUGUCCUCUGCGUCAUCCCCCAAGAUUGCACAUGAGGCCAUCACGGGCAUUGGUGCUGAUGACCAGACCCUUCCACCUCCUACCACUCCAUCUUCCAACAAGCCCAGCUCGAUCAACCAGGUGUUUGGUCGGUAUACCAACAACACCGAGAAGGGUCAGCAGCAGGGCAAGCGUCGCAAGACGUUCAGCCUUGUUGGUGGCUCGAACGAGCACCAGCAGAACCAGAUUCAUGGUGGAACUCGUCCUCCUGUGCCCAUGACCGAUGGUCUGGGCAUUGCUUCCUCCUCAGGCACCGGUACUGCCCAGAAGAUUAUGGGAUGGCUCCGACGCAAGUCCUUUGCCAAGCCCGCACCAGAAAGGCCAACAUUCGAUGCAGUGGAGCAUUUCCGUCAAAAUGGCACUUCACCUUCACCAGCUCCCGCUCUUACCGUCAGCCCCACUGCUGCCGCUGCCCGUGUCGGUUCGGCAUCACCCCAGGAGACAGAGACCAGCUCUGCCGACAAUACCCAGGUUGCAGUUUUGCAGCCCAGCGCUAUUACUGUCAACCAAGUAACAUCAAUGACAACAGGAAUCGCCACAGCACCAACAGACGGAAGAGACCCCGCCUUGGUGGCACUGAUGAUCAGGUUACCAUCCAAUUGGACCGACUCGAAGCUCAAAUGGCAUUCCGGAGCUGUCGAGAUCUCUGCCCUGUCGUCGCGUCACCCUGUUGAGAUUAUGUUUGAGAUCAAGAAGGUGAUCCUGAGGCUGGGCAUGGAGUUCCGAGUCGACUCGGAUUUUAAGGUCAAGUGUGUCCGUCGGAGACGCAAUGGCAAUGGCCAUGCCUCUGAUCACAGGACUCAUUCGAUGAUCUCGAUCUCGGGCUCGCACCUGCCCGAUGACACUGCCAGUGUCAUGUCGAGCAACUUAUCGAUUGACCGGGAGGCUUGGACUUCUGCCAAGGGAGCUGGAGGAUCGGCGGUCAAUGGCAGGAAGAAGGGCGGUAUCAGGACGCUGUUGUGGCGCAACAGCACGACGAUGGGUCUUUCGUCGUCGCCACCACCCCCUCCCGUCCCACCACUGCCCUCGUCCCCUCGUGCUCUGCCCCAGGUCAUGAACGGAUCUUCGUUGGGCUUGGCUUCUCCUCCUGUCUUGGCCUCUGCGGCCACCAGGGACUUGGAUUCAGAUCACGGUGUCUGGGUCAGCUCUGGAAGCGCCGGUGUCGUUGGUUUGAGCAACGGCGGCAAUGGAUCCGGAAGCGCCAAUGGCAGCAGUAACGGCCGUACCUCUGGAUCUGGCCACGGCGGUGACAGCAACAUUGUCCCUUCGUUGCCCAGCAACUCGACCAUCGCCACUGCCAUCGGUGCCGCCGUCAACACUGGGCCCGAGCCCUUGUACGGUGAAGAGUCAAUUGAUUCGGGUGAGGAGGUCCGGUUCUCGAUCGAGUUGUGUCGUAUUAAGAACUUGACGGGCAUCUACUGUGUGGAUAUCCGUCGUAUGAAGGGUAACCUCUGGGCAUACAAGUUCUUGUACCAUGCUGUCCUCAACACGCUCGAUCUUGAUGGAAAGGGUGGUUAUAUCCCCACCCUCCCCGACAACCUUAAGCUCGUCCAGGCUUAG